GAUUUCCUCUUCUGGCCAACCUUCAACUCGCCGCUCCACCUUCCAGGACCAAUGAGGAUAUGGAGAGUGAAAUGUUACCUCAGCCCACCACUCCAUCCCCCGGGGACCACAAUCCAGCCACCCUCACUCUCCAGCCCAAAACACUGCCUACAGAGGGGACCACUGAGGAAAUGGUGGCGCAGGAUAUUGUGGAGGACCAGACCAUUGGUGACUGUAUCCUCGAAGAGGGGCUAUUUUAUGUUGCCGGCUGGUUGGUCAGGAUGCUGCAGAAGGAUCAAGCCAUCCAGGUCUGUCAUCACUGUGAAGUGCUGCUGCUGGGCUCCACACUGCAUGAUCACAGUUACGCGUCUCCACAGGAGCACCCAUUUCUGGAAGCCAAACGCUUCACUCCCAACGCGAAUUUGAUGAGGCCUUCAACCAGGUUCUUUAAUGCGGUGAGGGAUCUGGAGGAGGCAUUUGGAAGAAACAUCAAUACCUUCUGGCCAAAGAGUGGGGUACGACAGAACCUUGAGAAGACACUGGAGGGAACAGAGGCCUUCAAAGAGUUCCACAGAGACCACCCGGAACAUGCCCUUUUAAUCGAGGAAAUCUCGAUUAAAAAAUUUACAAUGUGUAGGCUGGGGGCAGAGAUCCGGAUAAGAAACAGGGGCCUCUCUGCCAUCAACGAGAAAAAGGUGGCAGAAAAAAAAGUAUCUACAUUUACAAGUUAAUUAAUACAGUAUAAAUAAAUGAAUGCAGGCUUGUUUUUGACUAGUCUGCAACAAACCAUAUCAACCUUUCUGUGUCUUUUCUCUUGAAGGUUUUUUUGUUUUAACUGCUUUGAUAACAGUAGCUCGUCAUGUCUAUGACUGGUGUAAGUUACACAGAACUAUGAGCAUGUACAUGAAUGAUAUGUGAAUGUGACAGAGAUAAAAUGAUAAGGUCACAUGGCGCCGGGAGCACGAAGAUCUAUGCAUCUCGUCAAAUAUCGUUUAGCUUUAGCCUAGCUCCCAUUUCUGAUCUCACUUACAACUUUGGAUGGAUGACUAAAACAAUAUGUUAACAUUAUAUAAUCGACAAACUGUUUUCAUACACGCUUGUAUUAACUCGUCAGCAUCAUACUUUCACCAGUUAACCACACACUUUUAUUGUCAAAGCUUUUUUUUUCUGCUGACCAUAUCUAACGUUAGCAAAGUUC